AAAAAGUUGACACGUAGGGUAGUAGUACGUAACUUGAACAGUGACAGUUUUUUUUUUACAUUAAGGUUUCCAACAAGACGCCAACUUGUUGCAAGUGCGGAAUGAACUAUCUGCACAUUAGCUUACUUGGUCAAGGUUUUCUCUUUUGACAUUAUAUAGGUUUUUUACGGAUAACCCUGGCGAUCUGUUGCUAAUGAAAAGAUGUGGAUUUAAACCUGUCAACUUGGGUGUGGCUUUCGAUAUUGUUCGCCAUGCCUCUUUUCCAAGAUUAAUCAAUCAGAUUAAUGUGUCUCCACCUUAUAUUAUGUGCUUCGUAUUGUUCUGUGGUUUUGUAUAUUUUUUAUUUCCUAGGUUAUUCAAAUUUCUACUAUCCAGUUUUUUAUAAUUUUUAAAAAGAAAAUGUCUACGGAUGCUUGGGAAGAAAUACAAGCUAUUAAAAGCAAACGAAAUAGUUUGAGAGAAAGGUUGGAGAAGCGCAAAAAAGAAAGACAGGAGCUACUAGGUUCCAGUUUAGGCUCUUCUUCUCCUAUAAGCAUAUCUGAUAAAUCUCCUAAAACAGUUACACCAACAUCUGCUAUAAAGGAAGAACCAAAAAGUACAGAGUCUGAUGAUUUACUUAAGUUAGAUCCCGAAUUAGAGCGAGCUCUCCUAAAAGAAUUGAGCGAAGUCACUUUACAGCUACCUAUAUCUUCUUCAGACAUGAUACCCACUCUGAAACUGACCUCAGAUCCAAAUUCAACACACAAAAAAAUCUGUAAUUUAUUAGAGAAGUUUGCUAUACAAAAAUUGAUUACAGUAAAAAAUAUAUGCAAAGAUGAUGUUAACAGUAUAGAGGUUUUGCAUAUUGAGGUGUCAAAAGUGAAUGCUAUGAUUUUGGAAGGAUCAACACAUGGUUUGGAUUCAAAAUGUGGUGUUUUGAAAAGGAAAAAGGAUGAAAUGCAUGCUAGUAAUGAAGCUGAUGAGGAUAGGAAAAAAAAAGAAAAAAAGGAACCUAAGGAAGAUAUAAUGUCUUUGUUGUCCAUGCCUUCAACCAAAGAAAAAGAAAGCAAAAAACUGGGUGAAGAAAUCUUAGACCUUUUAAGUAAGCCUACAGCAAAGGAAAGGUCUCUCACAGAAAGGUUCAAAUCUCAGGGUGGAAAACAGUUAAUGGAAUUUUGCCCGCAUGGUACAAGAUUAGAUUGUGAGAGAAAUGGGAUAUUAGAUUGCAAAAAAUUGCAUUUUAAGAAGAUUUUGCAGAAGCAUACUGAUGAAAGUUUAGGUGAUUGUUCCUUUCUCAAUACAUGUUUCCACAUGGAUACCUGUAAAUAUGUUCAUUAUGAAGUUGACAGAUUGAGCACUUCAGAAGAUAAACCCAGUAUUCCUAGUGGGCCAGUUGUUAGGGUUGAAAGCACCACUUUGUAUCCUCCUCAGUGGGUACAGUGUGACUUACGAUACCUGGACAUGACUGUCUUAGGUAAAUUUGCUGUGAUAAUGGCAGAUCCGCCAUGGGACAUUCAUAUGGAACUUCCAUAUGGCACAAUGUCUGAUGACGAAAUGAGACAACUAGGAAUCCCGAUGCUGCAAGAUGAGGGUCUGAUAUUUCUCUGGGUAACGGGACGAGCUAUGGAACUAGGACGAGAAUGUCUCAAAUUAUGGGGAUAUGAUCGUGUUGACGAAAUCAUCUGGGUGAAGACAAACCAACUCCAAAGAAUAAUUAGAACAGGCAGAACUGGCCAUUGGUUGAAUCACGGGAAAGAACACUGCUUGGUAGGCAUGAAAGGAAAUCCUGCGAAUUUGAAUCGAGGUCUCGAUUCUGACGUGAUAGUGGCUGAAGUUCGGGCUACCAGUCAUAAACCAGAUGAAAUUUAUGAUAACUGGCAGGAGCGAACUCAUUGUAUUUGCGUGAUCAUCCAAUGGUCUUAUGGCAGCUACCAUCAGAUCUGCCCUGCCCGUGUGGCUUUAUAGUCUCCUUUACGGGUGGAGGAGGCUGCUAAGGUUAGAAAAAUUCUAGCUCCCGUCCUUGUGAAGGGUUGCAUGAUAUUUUGUUGUCCUCUCGUUUGAUACCCUGGCUGCUAAAGGGCUAAGUGGACAGGUACACGUAUGAUAGAAAGACUCUCUCCAGGUACAAGAAAAAUCGAACUAUUCGGCAGACCUCACAAUAUCCAGCCAAACUGGAUAACACUUGGUAACCAAGUCGAUGGCAUCAGGCUGGUAGAUCCAGAUUUAAUAGAGAACUUCAAGAAACGUUAUCCAACCGGAAAUUGCAUGGCGCCUCCACCGGAAAAUACACAUCCUAUUGUCUAAUUUUUAUGUCUAGAAUUAUAUUUGUAUCAAAUAGAUAAGGGCAAAAAUGAAGACGAAAGUUUUGAAAUGACAUUAUGUUGUAUAUCAUUUUUUUAUUCAUGUCCAAAACAAUGUUGAGAGUCGUGUAUUCUUUUAUUCGUAAUUCAAAGUUAAUAUACCUUUGAAAAGAUUUUUUUUGUUAAAAACCUUGCUUCAGGGAAAUAAAUAUGGUGCAAGAUGUUACUUAUAACAAGC